AUGGUAAAUUGCGUUGUUGUCUUGUCUUGUUCCAUUAAUUUCUCCUUCACUUCACGAAGAACGUAAUUUCAGCGAGGAAUGGAGCGAUUCUUGCGACUCGGAGGCCUUGGAAAUUUGGGACAGGUAUCUGCAAUACGAUUCUGCGAAUAAAUAUUGAAAUAGGGAUUUUAGUUCGGAGCUACUCCACAAGAUUCGAAUCAAGUGGACACUUCGGAGACUGUCUACAUCUCGUCGCUGGCUCUCCUCAAGAUGCUGAAACACGGAAGAGCUGGAGUUCCGAUGGAGGUCAUGGGUCUGAUGCUCGGAGAGUUUGUCGACGAUUACACUGUGAACGUGAUAGACGUCUUCGCCAUGCCGCAGUCCGGAACCGUAAGUUAUUUAUCGGAAAAGUAGAUUUUACAAUAUGCUAAAUUUUCAGGGAGUUUCCGUCGAGGCCGUUGACCCGGUGUUUCAAGCUAAAAUGCUGGACAUGCUGAAGCAAACUGGUAGACCGGAGAUGGUUGUUGGAUGGUACCACUCCCAUCCAGGAUUCGGAUGCUGGCUCUCCGGAGUCGAUAUCAACACUCAGCAAUCAUUCGAGGCCUUGUCCGAGAGAGCCGUCGCUGUUGUCGUUGAUCCGAUCCAGUCAGUGAAAGGAAAGGUUGUGAUUGAUGCGUUCCGUACGAUCAACCCACAAUCGAUGGCUUUGAAUCAGGAGCCCCGUCAAACUACCAGCAACUUGGGACAUUUGCAAAAGCCGAGCAUUCAGGUACCAUUUCGUCAGCUUCAGCAUUAUCUAUUUUCUGCUUGCAGGCGCUGAUUCACGGUCUGAACCGUCAUUACUACUCUAUCCCAAUUGCAUACAGAACUCACGAUUUGGAGCAGAAGAUGCUUCUGAAUCUGAACAAGCUCUCGUGGAUGGACGCUGUCAACGUGGAAAACUACACCAAGUGCGGCGAGCAUAACAGAGAGCAUCUGAAGGCGAUGCUGAAGUUGGCAAAGAACUACAAAAAAGCGUUGGAGGAUGAGGACAAGAUGACUGAACAAGAGCUUGCGAUCAAAAACGUCGGAAAGAUCGAUCCAAAGCGGCACAUUGCUGACGAAGUGAGCAAAAUGCUCAACGACAAUAUUGUGCAAAAUCUGGCCGGCAUGAUGGCCACCACCUCAUUCCAAUAA